UUCAGAUGACAGCUCGCUGCGGGUAUGGGACUUAAAGAGUGUAAAACAGAUAGGAGGCGACUGGCGGGAUGGAGAAAGUCCGGUGCUGACAAUGGAAUUGUCUCCAGAUGGGAGGAGGCUGGUUAGCGGGAGUCGGGAUGGUGGAUUGAGGUUGUGGGAUAUCGAGACAGGCAAAGUCAUCACAAAAUGGACGGGACAUGCAUAUGGAGUGAGGACUGUCUGCUGGAGUCGAGAUGUUCGGCGAGUCUUGAGUGGAUCCUACGAUGGGACUGCAAGGCAAUGGGAUGUAGAGAGCGUAGAUGCACCAAUCGCCGCGGUCCGGGUGAUCGCAAUCGAGACUGGGUACACUGGGACACAGGUGUACGUGACGCAGCUGUGUAUUCGCCAGACAUGACCUUGAUCGCCACUAGUGGGUACCACGUGCCCUAUGAAUAUCUGAUCAAAAUAUGGGACGCGAAUACAGGCGAACUUGUUGUCACUCUCGAAGGGCAUACACAUUGGUCAUGUCUGGCUUGGACCAAGGAUGGGAAAACGCUUGUAUCCGGAUCACAUGAUCGCUCCAUGACACGGAGUACUACCACCUGGACACAGAUCGCAGUGUUGGAAGGACACACCGACUUUGUCUAUGGUAUUGCGAUAUCACCGAAUAGCCGUAUUCUUGCAAGCGCAUCUGCAGAUAACACAGCGCGAUUAUGGAGUCUUGACAACGGCCAGCCCAUCAAUUCGCCCCUCCACCAUGCAGAUACAGUGAGAUGCGUGUCGUUUUCGACAGAUGGAAAGCUACUACUCAGUGGCUGCGAGAACAGCAAUGUUAAUGUGUGCGCAUGGGAUGUUUGUGCGAUACUAAGAGAACCUAGACUCGCCAACCUUAUGGAGCAGUCUGAGCACGACAAGUGGAUAACUUCAAUCAAGUCCCAUCGGCUACCCCGAGGUUUUUUCGGCGACACACCGAAUCCUGCUCACUCGUCUGCACGAAACAGCCUUCACCCUUCACCACAAUCGCAUGGAAGCACCCUUCGUAGCCGGUUUUUAUCUUUAUUUCGCCCCACACCCUCAGAUGCUCGUGAUACGUUAUCUCGAGCCCGCCAUUUCCACUGGGCUCGAAAUCAUCUCCCUGCCAGAACAAGCAGUGUAGAUAUCGAGCUGCCUGAAUGUUUCUCAGCAGUCGUUGACGCCCCGUGUGCCAGGGGCAAACGCAGAACUGCUUGUGCAAGAGAGAGACGAACCCCACUGAUCCCGAAAAAUACUAUUGCAGGAAGCUCACGCCCUCUAAAUGGCACCGUCAUCGAUGCGGCUCAAGCUCAGUCGGCCUCGCAACCACAUUCUACCGUCUUCACCUCCACCGCGCCCCUCGCUGUCGCUCAUACAACUUCGAGCAUCAAUCCUCAAGCAACGAUCAAACACGCUGGUCUUUGGACUCGCUUUUGGCUCUUUAUCUGUUGUACCUCUCCCGAGUAUAUUGACGGACAUCACUAAUGUACCAGCGAUCUCUCCCGACAUUUCAUAGUUGUAUCUCGUUUAAUAAAAUGACGGUUUAUUUUAUUGCAUACUUGAAGUACCAGCCAUGCAUA